AUGUCGUCGUCAUCAAAACAAAAUCCAAAAAAGUUCAAAUGGAAUUUAGAUUUCGCUCACAAAAACAAAUCGGAUAAGAAUGCUGAUUUACCAAACCCACCAGGUUAUAAUUCUGGUGGUGCAUUGUAUCAUAGUAUGGAAAAUUUACGUGAAAAUGACUCAAAUCAUUUGAUUAUUAAAAAAUCAUGGGAUUUAGCUCUUGGUCCAUUGAAACAAGUACCCAUGAAUUUAUUUAUUAUGUUUAUGGCGGGUAAUUCUAUAUCAAUUUUUCCAAUUAUGAUGGUUGGAAUGCUUAUUAUUAGGCCAGUUAAAGCAUUAUUUACAGUUCAACCAACAUUCAAAGUAAUUGAAGGAACGAAUGCAUAUCCUCAAAAAUUUGUAUUUUUAUUAGGACAAUUAGUUAAUAUUGGCUUAGCACUCUACAAGUGUCAAUCAAUGGGUUUACUACCUACACACGCAUCGGAUUGGCUCGCAUUUGUUGAACCUCAAGCAAGACUAGAAUAUUCUGGUGGUGGUUUUAUCUACGCGUAA